GCUAAAAAGUGAUCAAUGUUUUGUUUUCUUUUUUACAUUUUAGAAUUACCUUUACAAAUUGUUAACGACGGAAAGUGUUCAGUCGAGACCGAGCUCAUCCGCGAGUUAGUUGUAUUUUCUCAUCCAACAGUCAAAAUGGCCGAUGUACCAAAACGUGAAGUUGAAAAUGUCGAAUUCGUAUUCGAAGUUAUGGGUAGCCCCAACGAAGGCAUUGAUGCCGUCGAUCUAGGUGAUGCUCUCCGUUCUUUGAACUUGAACCCCACUUUGGCCUUGAUUGAAAAGAUGGGUGGCACCAAGAAGCGCGGUGAGAAGAAGCUUACCAUUGAAGAAUUCCUUCCCAUCUACUCUCAAGUCAAGAAGGAAAAGGAUCAAGGUUGCUACGAAGAUUUCAUUGAAUGUUUGAAAUUGUACGACAAGGCUGAAAACGGCACCAUGCUUUUGGCUGAAUUGCAACAUGCCCUCCUUUCCUUGGGUGAAAACUUGGAAGAUGAACAAGUUGAAGAACUCUUCGCUGACUGUAUGGACCCUGAGGAUGAUGAUGGUUUCAUCCCCUACUCUCAAUUCAUCCAAAGAUUGAUGAGCGACCCCGUCGUCUUCGACUAAACGCAUUUCUUGCCAGAAUGUGCGACAGACCCGAUCAGCUAUAAAUUUUAUUUAACAUCUUUAAAAAUGACGUAGCUAACAACCAUUCUCCAUUGAUGUUAUUUAACUAUUUCAUCACACACACUCUCUCGUAACGAUUAAUUAAUAAUUUAAUUAAAUUAAUUAAAAACCAAAAAGAAAAACUAAAAAAAAACAAAACUGAAUAAAUUUGCAACAACAUCUGCAAAUAA